AUGGAGAGCCAGCAGCAACUUCCGACGGAGUUAUUCUGGGGUCGCCACGAGAUUUGCCAGAUAGAAGGAUUCUGGUACCUGACGCUCAAUAUGGAUGUCGCGGCCGCCUUCCGGUCAGAAUUCCAGCCGAGGAAGGACGACAUUCUCUUGGCAUCUUUCAUGAAAACAGGAACAACGUGGCUCAAAGCUCUCUGCUACAACAUCCUCGACGAACAAGAAGACGACAUUCUGGCGAGCCAGAACCCCCACGAUGCGGUUCCCACGCUGGAGAUUGCUUUCUUCCGAGACCAAGUCCAACAGCUGCUUCUCAAUCCCCCUCCGCCGGCGGGUCGCAGCCGAUUGCUCCACACUCAUUUCCCCUACAGUUACUUGCCGGAGAAGGUGAGGAGCUCGGGAUGCAAGCUCGUGUACGUGUCCCGAAACCCUAAGGACACGCUGGUGUCGAUGUGGCAUUUCUUCAACAAGAACCUGAAAGCCGACCCGGCUAGGCCGUUCACGAUGGAGAGCGCGGUGGAGACCUUCUGCAGCGGGGCUAUGCCCAAGGGGCCCUUUUACGAGCACGUGGUUGGGUACUGGGAAGAGAGCAGGAAGCGGCCCGACCAGGUGUUGUUUCUCAAGUACGAGGACCUGUGCAGAAACCCAGAGGAGCAGGUGAGGAAGCUGGCUUUGUUUCUUGGCCGGAAAACGAGUGUGGACGUGGAGAAGGUACUGUGGCGGAGCAGUUUGUGUUAG